CCGCAACAGAUACAGUCCUAAAAAUUCAUAUUCGCAAUCGCCUUCCAGCACGCGUCCUUGUUUAAUAGCCUAUAAUUACGAGCUAAAUUUCGAUUUUUUCUUGCAACGAAAAUCACCGCGACAGAAGCCGGAUGGCCCAGUGUUUUUGGUUGUUGGUGGCGAAAAUGCAGCCGAUCGUGCUUGGCUGUCAAACGAGGGCCUACCUUAUGUACAAUUAGCGGACCAAAUUAAUGCGAGCAUUUAUUUACUCGAACAUAGAUUCUACGGCAACAGUCGGCCUACAGAAAAUACGUCCGUGCACAAUCUGCAGUAUUUAAAUGCAAAGCAAGCCGUUGAAGAUAUCGAUAAAUUUGUUGAAGAAGUAAAUAGGCGCGAGAAAUUCAAGACUCCGAAAUGGAUUACUUUUGGUGGAAGUUAUUCAGUUAAAUCUUGCUUUCAGAUUUUCUGUCUAGAUAAAGUACUGAGCAUCAUGUCUAAGACUGUUAGUUUACUCUCAACACCGAAUUUCAGGCUGAGCACGAAAACUGCCCUCAACAAACCACUUCUUAUCUAUAAGCGAGAACUUAGCUUCUUUUUAGUCAAUAACCCUGCCCCCUUCCUUCCGUUAUGA